CUCAGAACAGAACACUGAUGAAGAGCACAAAAAAAAAAAACAGCUCAGUUUGAUUGAGCUCCCAAAAGUUUCUUCUGCAUCAACACAAACUGAAACUUCAAACUCAAACAAAACUCAAAACCCACCUCAGAAAUUAACCAAAAACAAGUUUUGUUUUGUUUUUUGUUUGUUGUUUGUUGUUUUUUUUGUUUUGUUUUUCCAUAUCCAAAUCAAACAAUAUAAUGUUGGUCCAACAAGACCGCUCCACAAACACAACCUCAAAAAAACACAAACUUUCCGACCACUUCUCCGACAACCACCACCACCACCAACAAAACCUCGGAUUCUCCAAAUGGCUCUCCUCCAUCAACCUCAUCAAACUCGCCGCCAUUUCCAUCCUCACCUUCACCAUCGCCGCCCUCUUCUUCUUCCUCCACUCCGCCACCUCCGACGACUCCUCCCCCACUUUCUUCUGCUUCAAAUCCCACUCCAACAAAAACCACCAUUUCCCUCUCCAUUUCCCAAAACCCAAUUUCAAUUCAAUCAAACCCAUUUCAGAUAAGUCCUCGCCUUACUCCUCCUUCACCUCCGACCGCUGGAUUGUCGUCUCCGUCUCCGAUUACCCCUCCGAUCCGCUUCGAAAGCUUGUCAGGACAAAAGGGUGGCAAGUUUUAGCCGUCGGGAAUUCGAAGACCCCUUCGGAUUGGAGCCUUAAAGGUGCGAUCUUUUUGUCCUUGGAGGACCAAGCCAAUCUGGGUUUUCGAGUUUUGGAUCACCUUCCUUAUGAUUCCUAUGUUAGGAAGAGCGCCGGUUACCUUUUCGCGAUUCAGCACGGCGCGAAAAUGAUCUUCGACGGCGACGAUCGCGGGGAAAUCAUCGGCGGAGAUCUCAGUAAGCAUUUCGAUUUGAAAUUGUCUAAUGUGGAUGUAAUGCAAGAGAGGAUUUUGCAGUACAAUAGGAAGAAUGCUAAUAGGAGUGUUGUGAAUCCUUACGUUCAUUUCGGGCAACGCUCGGUUUGGCCGAGGGGAUUGCCUUUAGAGAAUGUUGGUGAGGUUUGGCAUGAGGAGUUUUACAAUUUAGUGUUUGGUGGGAUGCAAUAUGUUCAGCAGGGUUUGUCUAAUGGAUUGCCUGAUGUGGAUUCUUUUUUUUAUUUCACUAGAAAGUUGGGUUCGGAAUCAUUCGAUAUAAGGUUUGAUGGGCAUGCCCCAAAAGUUGCUUUACCACAAGGUGUAAUGGUGCCACUGAAUUCUUUCAAUACUUUGUUUCAUUACAAUGCGUUUUGGGGCUUAAUGCUUCCGGUUUCGGUUAGUUCGAUGGCUUCUGAUGUGUUGAGGGGUUAUUGGGCACAGAGGAUUUUGUGGGAAGUUGGUGGAAAUGUUGUGGUUUAUCCACCUACAUUGUAUAGAGAGGAUAAGAUUGAAGCCUACCCGUUUGUGGAGGAGAAGGAUCUUCAUGUCAAUGUUGGUCGGUUAAUUAAGUUUUUGGUUUCUUGGAGAUCGGAUAAGGGCAAGUUGUUUGAAAAAAUUGUGGAUUUGAGCUUUUCAAUGGCAAAAGAAGGGUUUUGGACCGAGCAAGAUGUGAAGUUCACUGUAGCUUGGCUGGAGGACUUGCUUGCUGUUGGGUACAGUCAACCAAGGUUGAAGGCGGUAGCGGUGGGUGAGGCCGGAACAACUAUCAGCCAUGCGGAUUUGAAGGAGUUUGUUCCUCAAAAACUGCCUUCUGUGCAUCUUGGUGUCGAGGAAUCGGAGAUGGUGAAUUAUGAGAUUGGGAACUUGGUCCGGUGGAAGAAGAAUUUUGGUAACAUUGUGCUGAUAAUGUUUGUGAGUGGGUCUGUAGAAGGAACUUCCUUAGAGUGGAGAUUGCUUUACGGAAGGAUAUUUAAAACCGUGGUGAUUCUGUCUGAAAAAGCUAAUGAAGAUCUAGCUGUGGAGCAAGCUUCACUGGAUGAAGUAUACAAGUAUUUGCCCAAGAUAUUCGACAGGUUUACUACUGCAGAAGGGUUCUUGUUUCUCCAGGACAAUACGGUUCUAAACUACUGGAACUUACACCAAGCAGACAAAUCCAAGCUAUGGAUCACUAAUAAGGUGCCUCAGUCUUGGAUUACUGUCCCAACCAAUGUCAAGGAUUCAAUGUGGUUUUCGAAACAAGCUGACAUGGUUAAGAAAGUUGUGAGCACUAUGCCGGUUCACUUCCAGGUCACCUACAAGGCGAGUAGCACAAGCAAGCACACUCUUGCGAUCUGUAAUUCAGAGGUGUUCUAUGUUCCUCGGCGGUUUGUCGGGGAUUUUGUAGAUCUUGUAGGCCUUGUGGGCAAUUUCAAAAUGCACCACAAGGUAGCAAUUCCAAUGUUUUUCAUGGCAAUGGACUUGCCCCAACAAUUUGACUUCGUUUUCUCUAAAAUGGUCUACAAGCCAGAGGUAUUGUCUGCGAACUCUUCCAACUCUUAUUCUGCACAAGUACCGGCUAUCUACCCUUGGACUGUGUCCAAUGAGGUGGAAUUCCUAGAGCUGAUAAGACUCAUGGCAGCUGGGGACCCACUUCUAAUGGAGCUAGUAUAAAAUUACGCAGUUCAAUAGGUAAAAACAUUGCGACACUCUAUUUCAUGGGUUGUCCUCGUCUCAACUCACAAGAGUGAGACCGAUUGUUUCGUGGGAAGAUUCAUACACACUUUGUCGACAUUGAACUACCCUUUUUUGGAUAUCCUUGCACGCGUCUCUGCAGCUUUGAGGAAAAAGACUUACCAUUCAUAUUACCUGUAAUCUAUUUUUUUUUACCCCCACCUGUAUGAUUAGUCAUUGAUGUAAAUUCUCUCCAGACACUGUAGUUGACUAAAGGAUAUAUCAGAUGUGAUGCACUUCUGUGAA